ACUAGCCUUCUUCAGCCAUGCAGCAUGUGUGUGUGUGUGUGUGUGUGUGUGUGUGUGUGUGUGUGUGUGUGUGUGUGUGUGUGUGUGUGUGUGUGUGUGUGUGUGUGUGUGUGUGUGUGUGUGUGUGUGUGUGACACUCGGGGAGAUACAUUAAUUGGGUCUUUACAUUUGUCGCUCUUCACGCCUCUCUCCCAUCAGCAAGUGGCAGACGACUGGAAGGAAUCAAUCUGCAUGAGUGAUUCACUUGAUGCUAAAGAGUGAGUGGCCAACAGAAUGUCCCCUGUCGACUUAAAUUAUCACACACGCAGAAAGCAAACCAUGGAUUGGAUGAGACGCGCAGGGGGACCGGUCAGAACACGUGAGCAUAUAGGCUUGGAGGAGCCUCUAAUCAUCUGAAAGUGCUAUAUCAUUACCCCUCAUCCUCUCACUCUUAGAUCAAGGUCGACCCUCUUGAAAUGCAGAUUGGCUCAAUUCGCCGCUUCAGAUGGCUUCAUGAACAAUGCAGCGGUUGAGAAUGACAGGAGUUGCCCUCAAGGCUCCAAUUAGCUCCUUAGACUAAUCCUCCUGCACGAGUCUGUAGCUAAGCCAGAUCCUUAUCUGUUGUGGCCAAUUUACAAUAUUAGUAUUCAUCUAAGUCGCUAAUCUAAAAUCAUAUUCCUGAAUGUUAUUACCGUCAAUGGAGUCAUUACACUAAUUGUUUAUGGCAGUAAUAUUACUCCAGAGGUUAUAAUAAUAAAUCAGUAUGUAAAGGCAGGCUGUGAAUAUACAUUUAGAAUGUGGUUUGUUUACCAGCAGCUUUUUUCCAUGCAUCUCGGAGGUCCCACGCGUGCAUCUGCAGGGUUCGAAUCUGAUUCCCGCAGCUGCUGGGAUGCCUUGCUGCGGCUGGCGGCGGUCGUGGACGCGCCCUCGCUGCGCGCGGCGCUCAGAGACGGCGUGCGGGAGCUGCUCCCCGGCACGGAGUGCGUGUGUGUCUACGUCCUGGAGGGAAACGCGAGGCUGCUGUGUGACGAUCCGCCGCAUGAACUGCCUCCGGAGGGGAAGAUCAGGAGCAUCGCGGAGCAGCUGAAGCGCUGUCAGUGCGCCGGCCUCCCUCCCUCCGAACUGCCGGAGAAGUACAGAACCUGCCUGGCGGCGCCGUUGGCGGCGCACAGAAGAGCCCUUGUCAUCCCUAUCUUGGACCCGAAGCAGGAAAGGACCAUCGCUGUUUUAUUAGUGGGCUGUAAUCCACUGUCUGAUCAGGAUGAGGUGCAUCUUAACACGGUGGAGAAACAUGCCUCGGUGGCGUGCGUGCGAGUCCAGGCUGUUCAGUCGUUGUACCAGAGGCCUCCUCUUAGCCCCUCGCCCAUACAGUCCCACAAUGCACUGCUGCACCUCAAUGUAUCAGAACAGGACUACUGUGAGCUGGACCGGAACAUCCUGCAACUGUGUGGUGAGCUCUAUGACCUUGAUGCGGCGUCGCUCCAGCUCAAAGUCAUCAAUUAUCUGCAGCAGCAGACCAAGUCGCAGUGUUGCUGUCUUCUACUGGUGUCCGAGGACAACCACCAGCUAUUCUGCCAGGUAGUUGGAGACAAAGUCCUGGAGGAGGAGAUCAGCUUCCCGCUCAUGUUCGGACGUUUUGGCCAAGUUGUGGAGAAGAAGAAGUCGAUUAGUCUUCAGGACAUCAGUGCUGAGGAGCGCCGGCAGCUCUCCAGUAUGUUGGGCUGUGAAAUCUCCUCCAUGCUGUGCGUACCUGUGGUCAGCAGGGCCACUGGGCAGGUGGUGGCGCUCGCGUGCGCCUUCAACAAGCAGGGUGGACAGAAACACACAGAGAUUGAUGAGCACGCCAUCCAGCACUGCUUCUGCUACACUUCAACCGUCCUCACUUCAACUUUGGCCUUUCAGAAGGAACAGAAGCUCAAAGUGGAGUGCCAGGCGCUCCUACAAGUGGCCAAGAACCUCUUCACGCACUUGGAUGACGUGUCAGUGCUGUUACAGGAAAUUAUAGUGGAGGCCAGGAACCUCAGUGAUGCAGAGAUCUGUUCCGUGUUCCUGCUAGAUCGCGUCAGUCAUGAGCUCGUGGCAAAGGUGUUUGACGGCGGCGUCGUCAGUGACGAGGAGAAGGAGUUCCGCAUCCCGGCUGAUCAGGGCAUCGCGGGCCACGUGGCCACCACGGGUCAGAUCCUGAACAUUAAGGACGCCUACUCGCACCCGCUGUUCUACCGCGGCGUGGACGACAGCACCGGUUUCAGGACUCGCAACAUCCUCUGCUUUCCCAUUAAAGAUGAAAACAACGAGGUAAUUGGGGUGGCUGAGCUGGUGAAUAAAACGAACGGGCCGUGGUUCAACCGCUUCGACGAGGACCUGGCCACAGCGUUCUCCAUCUACUGCGGAAUCAGCAUCGCACAUUCUCUGCUCUAUAAGAGAGUCCACGAAGCCCAGUUCAGGUCCACUCUGGCCAACGAAAUGAUGAUGUACCACAUGAAGGUGUCAGAGGAAGAGGUUUCUAAACUGCUGGUGACGGGCAUCGAGCCGGUGAAGGAGAUCCACCCGUGCUACGCCGAGUUCACGUACACACCUCGCUCGCUGCUGGACGACACCACGCCCAUGUGUAUCCUCAGUAUGUUUGAAGACAUGGGCUUCAUCAACACGUACAAGAUUGACAUGCACACGCUUGCAAGGUUCUGUCUGAUGGUGAAGAAAGGCUACAGGGACCCUCCGUAUCACAACUGGAUGCAUGCCUUCUCUGUCUCGCACUUCUGCUACUUGCUCUACAAAAACCUAGGGCUGUCCAACUACCUCGAGGAUAUAGAGAUUUUAGCUCUCUUUGUCUCCUGCAUGUGCCAUGACCUGGACCACCGUGGCACCAACAACUCUUUCCAAGUCGCCUCGCAAUCAGUGCUGGCUGCUCUCUACAGCUCAGAGGGAUCCGUGAUGGAGAGACAUCACUUUGCCCAAGCCAUCGCCAUUCUGAACACGCAGGGCUGCAACAUCUUUGAGAAGUUCUCACGGAAGGACUACACACGGAUGCUGGAUUUGAUGAGGGAUAUCAUCCUGGCUACAGACCUGGCUCACCACCUUCGCAUUUUCAAGGACUUGCAGAAGAUGGCUGACGUCGGCUACAAUCCAAAACGAGGCUACCACCGCUCAAUGCUGCUGUGCCUGCUGAUGACGUCGUGCGACCUGUCCGACCAAACAAAGGACUGGAAAACCACGCGCAAGAUUGCCGAGCUGAUUUAUAAAGAGUUCUUCUCUCAAGGAGACCUGGAAAAAGCCAUGGGGAACAGACCCAGUGAGAUGAUGGACAGAGAGAAAGCCUACAUCCCAGAACUACAGAUAAGCUUCAUGGAACAUAUCGCCAUGCCCAUCUACAAGCUCCUGUCCGAACUGUUUCCUGGGGCCACUGAGCUGUACGAGAGAGUGGCGGCAAAUCGCGAGCAGUGGACCAAAGUAUCCCACAAGUUCACCAUCCGUGGGUUGCCUAGCAACAACAGCCUGGACUUCCUGGACCAGGAAUACGAGCUGCUGCAGUCCCAGGGUGCUUUUGGGAGUGACGACCACUGCCUCAAUGGUUGUCUGGAUGAUGCCGAAGGGGGGAGGGGUCAGUGACAACAGCGGGCUGAUGACGUUUGCUGAAGUUUUCUGUGGUCCAAUAAGAGGCUGAGGAUACCUUUUUAGCGACCUGAGAGGGAGGGGUCUCUCUGCUGUCAAUCACUUAGAUGCUUAGCAGGCCAUGCAGAAAGAACAGGGCAAAGUCUGAAACAAACUGAAUUAGACAAGUCAUGUGAAAAGAGUGGAUCCACCUGAGCCAGUUCAGCGAUUAGAUACUAAAUGUUGAUUGUGUCUCUGGUUCUGGAGAGUAGACGGUGGUGACUUUCACUUUUUCAGCAGUUGUACUGGAAAAAUAAGUUUCUACCACAAGUUCAUUCAUACUGUACUGAUCCUGAUUACGAUUGUAAACACACACACACACACGCACACACACGCACACACACACACACACACACACACACACACACACACACACACACACACACACACACACACACACACACACACAAUGUGUUUAGAAAUACAUGACAGAAAAAAUCAUUCUUAUGAAAAAGACUACAACAAGAUUAAGUGCUAUACUUUCUAAGAACUGUUUCAGAAUAGCUUCUGUUGGUUUAAAUAGCUCAGCUUCGUUCACACACAACCAGCUGCUGCAGUCCCUCACCUGAUGCUUAUGAAUGCCUGCCGUAUGGACCACUCAUCUUUCAUUCUCUUAAUCCUGGGUCAGUGUUCAUUUCUCAGACUUUUCCAUGAAAUAACUCCUGACCACUUUGUUACAUCUGAAAACAUUUUGCAUUCAACUCCUCAACGUAUAUUUGCUUUAUUCAUCACCAUCACGUUACAAAUGGGUUUUAUGUGAAAUUGUGUGCGUAAUAAUUCAUCUUUCCUCCUAUUUGGGCUUUUAAUGGACAAUUUGACAAUCACUGAUGAAUGGCAGGGUCACAGAUCCCUGACCAGACACUCACCCUUUGCAUAAAACCUGCGUGUUACAGUCUUAAGUGCAGUACUGUAUGUAUUUAUAAAUCAAAAGGCUACUCCCUAAAACCCCUACACUAUUUAUUUUUUCUAAUUAUUUCCAAUCUCUCCCACCCUUUUUCUCCCUUAUUUUCUAGUUCACUGCUUUUCUUAUAAACACCACCUUAGACAGAAAGCAACCGAAGCCCUUUAAUAGAUUCAUCUCAUUUGUUAGUGUAAUUGUGCCAGAGCGUUAUAUGGAGUGUGUCAUUUGGAUCUGCCUUAUUGCGCAUCUUUGCUGCCUUUCUUAGAGCUUUUAAUAUAUGACAAUUUAAAUAAAGAGUCUGUUUAGUAUGUAUGGUGUAUAUUUGUUAUUGACAUAGUUUGAGUAUCAAUGUGUUGACUGAAUGAACACCUUGUUUAAAAGAUGUACAUUUGUGAAAUAACUAUGUGAAACCUCAGAUGUCAUGCCAUUAGAGCUUCUAUUUUAAGUUAUAUAUAAUCACGAGUUGAUAUUAAUUACAUAACUGUAAAUCAGUUCAAAGAAGGAACUAGAACUGUAGCCAUGACAGAAAUUGUUCUUUCUCACGUUUCCUGCGCUCCAAAGAAAACCUUUGGAGAAUGACUUGAAGAAAAGUCCGACAUUUGGGGGGGUUCGUGUUACAGUUUGUCAUAUUGUACCUUACAGAAUAUGCUGCAGAGUUAAGUCAUAUUAAUCACCGAGGAGUUACACAAACAGAGAGGCCUGUAACUGACACGACGGUGAGUAGGCUGAGUGUGCAAGGGCGAGAACUAGUGAGUGAACAAGGGGAUGGACGCGUGGGUGUUUGUGAGAGAAAAUGAAAAAGAACUGGAGCUUGAUUUAGAUUUAAAUAAAGAAAUGUUAAGUAUCAUUUAGUCUUUAAAGAGCUGAUGUUAACAAAUUCCUUAAAUUACCUCCUCUUAUACGCAGCUCUAAAAAUGCUAGUGAAGCUAGAUGAAAGCAAAAAUCAUAGGAUUUAAAUAUAUAAUUUUUCUUUGAAGCGGUCUCAUGACGGUGCAUUAGGAAGAAAAUUUAAUUGCUUAGCAAAGAGGUUUGAUGUUUGUGUUAUACCUACACUGGGAUAUGCAUUAACAUGACUGGAUGAAAUCGUUUGAUCUGCCUUGGUCUGCCUCCUGAAACGGAAUAUUUUUUGCUACAAAGUUUUUUAAAGGGCAUACAGAUGUGAAUACUCACCCUCUUUCUCAAGAUCUUUCUCUCGCAUGCGGUUUUCGCAUUCUUUGUUUUCAAACCAUUCUUUAAUACAUACCUGCCUUUUUCAUGUGCAAUAUGAUAUGUCUGUGUGAUGUUGCACAAAUCCCUGUGUAAAUACCAAUGCCUCUCGUUAAGUUAUUACUUUAGGUCUGAAUUCUCAGAUGUGUUAAAUGUUAGCCCACAAUGUUGCCAUCGAAAAUCAUUUGUGACAAUGUUAAUUCUGAAAUGCUUUUGAGACUACAGACCUAAAACAGUUUUCUUUACUAAGUGUGUAUUUGUCUUUUUAUGUUUGUUUUAGAAAGUCAGGGCUAUAUGUGCCAAGCAAGCAUUUUCUACUUCCUGGCCAAGCUGUAUAGUGAAACAUAGACAUAAGUAUUUUUGUUCCCCUAUGUUGGUGUGACGGUGAGGGCUGAUGUCUCUGAUUAUGACCGGGUCUGAAAAUGCAGCCCAUCCAGGAAGUCUGAUCUCAAUCUGUUUCCCAUCAUCACAGAGCAGCGGGACUCUAACCUGUGAUGUAAUGCCAUUGUAAUGAUCACCUGUGAUAUAACUGUUAAAAGUGGAAAAAUUAUAACUGCUGUAAAUAUCAGAGUUUUAAAAGAACUUUCUUGAUCGUCUGUCAUUAUUACAAUGGGAAGUAAUUCAAUUCUGUAAUGUAUUGAAAGUGGUUGCAUCCUGUUUCUCUUUUCUAUGCCAUUUUGGAACAACCCCAGUCAUAGACUUUUAGACUUUAGAUAUGUGUAUUUAGGAUAUACAUAAAAACCCAAACUAAUGAAAUGUAUAGUAAAUGAUGCCUACACUGAAGACUAAAUUCAGUUGGCUGUCAGCUAUUUGUUUUGUUAAGUUCUGAGUGCUGGUGGUCUUGUUCUAUUUCAUAUGUAAUGAACAAGAACAUAUUUGGCAAAUGGAUAAAACUUUAUUUUAUUUUUUUCUUUCUUUCAAUAAAUCUAGUGAAAAGUACGUGUUGAAGUUGCAUAUUUGAAUGUGAAUAACUGAGCCCUGUGAUGCUAAUAUAACCAUGACUGUGAUAUCUGAUCCUAUUGAUCUGCUUCAUAGAAUGAGCCUAUAUGACCAUGGGCAGAUGAACAUACUACUAAACAUUACAUGCCACCACUAACACCCCCUCCCUCCAGAAAUUAUGUAUGAUGUGUAAUAUUUUAUAAGUGCAUGAUACUUGCAGUAAAAUUACAUCAUCAUAAUGUGCACAGAGGCUUAAAAUACAAAGAAGAUCAGAGAUGACAUAUUUUACCAAUAAGCUGAUGCAAAUGCAAUUAAAUAAACAUUUGUUUUGAUA